UCUACGAGUUAUCAAUUCCUCAAAUAAGACUCGAUACGAAAUAUAUCCGCAUACAUACAUACAAACAGAUAUAAAAGCACUCGACCCAAUCCAACCACCAUUACCAUCAUGUGGAAAGAACUCAUCUCCCUACCUCGACUAGGCCAAUCCGCCAUCCGAAACGCCUCCAGAGUGCAAAUCCGAACUACUACAGCGCCACGAACUCUCCCAGCCAUCGCGUAUAGCAGGAACUUCCACGCAUUCGGGGCCCUGCGGACCACGAAGGAGCAAAAAGGCGACGAAGAGGAUCGAACGCACGAUCGCCACGUGCUGGAUCCGCAGCGCACGGAAACCGCGCAAACCGGGACAGACAACGAAGUCGCCGCGCAUCCAGCUGCGUAUGACCCGCAUCGGACGUCGCCGGAAAGCGAGAUCGAAGCCACCGAGGAGGAAUCUCAGCGGGAAGGGAAAGUGAGCAACCCGUUGAAUAUGAGCCCCGCGAAUAAGGAGACGAGUAAGAUGCGGCCGCCGAAGGAGGGAGGCGCCGAUCGGAAUGUUGAGAAGGAAAAGCCGAGCUCGAGAGGGUCGGCUAGGAAGCAUGGCGAGGUGAAGGUGGGGAAGCAAUAGAUUGGUUGUGUUUUCUGUUGCUAAAGGGAGGAUGGCCGACUAGAUUUACAUGUCUUGAUACAUAUAUUUAAUCUCGGCGUGCGGUGUAGUAAUGAAACUCCAUCAGCGUUCCAUGGGAU